UCGCGAGCGACGGCGGCAGCCACGGGUCCCCCACACCCCAGGGGCGGAGCGAGGCGCGGAGACGUCAGGGCGGGGACCUAGCGCUGCGGAGCGCGCUCUCCCGGAGGCUCCGGGCGGCCCACGUUCCGGGCUGGCGCGGCCGGUGGUGGCGGUGGCGGUUGAGACUGGGAUCUUGCAGUUCGCGGCGGCGCUGGGGCGCAGCCAGGCGGCCGCGCCGGUGGAGACCGAGGCUGAGCUCUGAGCCAGCCGUGCGCGCAGCUUUGCCCGCCCCCCAGGAGCAGACCCCACGCGCCCUUAGGCUGUCCCCGGGGUCGAGUUGAGCUCCCCACGGGUGCCCUUUUAUCUCCUUGGGUGACUACAGCGUGUGUUUUGUUUUUCUUCCUUUUUCCCCUGCCCGUGUGCCCUUCUCCAGGAUGGCAGAGGCGGAAUUGCACAAGGAGAGGCUGCAAGCCAUAGCAGAAAAAAGAAAGAGGCAGACGGAAAUAGAAGGGAAGAGACGACAGCUUGACGAGCAGGUACUGCUGCUUCAGCAUUCCAAGUCCAAAGUGCUUCGGGAAAAAUGGCUGCUGCAGGGUGUACCGGCGGGAACAGCGGAGGAGGAGGAAGCCAGGCGCCGGCAGUCUGAAGAAGAUGAAUUCAAAGUCAAGCAGCUUGAAGAUAACAUUCAGAGGCUGGAGCAGGAAAUACAAGCGCUCGAAAGUGAAGAGUCUCAGAUAUCCGCCAAAGAGCAGAUCAUCCUGGAGAAACUGAAGGAGACGGAGAAAUCCUUCAAGGACUUGCAGAAGGGUUUCUCCACUGCUGAUGGAGCUAUAUACGCCAUGGAAAUUAAUGUGGAGAAAGACAAACAAACAGGAGAGACCAAGAUUCUCUCUGCAUCCACCAUUGGCCCAGAGGGGGUCCAUCAGAGAGGAGUCAAAGUCUAUGAUGACGGUACCAAAGUAGUGUAUGAGGUGCACUCAGGAGGCACCGUGGUAGAAAACGGAGUCCACAAAUUAAGCGCAAAGGAUGUGGAAGAGUUAAUUCAGAAGGCGGGACAAUCGAGCUUCAGAGGACACAUGUCAGAAAGGACUGUUGUUGCAGAUGGGAGCCUGGGCCAUCCCAAGGAACACAUGCUCUGCAAAGAGGCCAAGUUAGAAAUGGUGCAAAAGUCCAGGAAAGAUCAGCCUUCAGGAAACCCCGGGCAGCAGGCCCAGCCCCCCAUCACAGAAGGGCCAGGGGCAAACCUGGAUCAACCAGUCACCAUGAUUUUUAUGGGCUACCAAAACAUCGAGGAUGAAGAGGAGACUAAAAAGGUGCUAGGCUAUGACGAAACCAUCAAGGCCGAAUUAGUCCUGAUUGAUGAAGAUGAUGAAAAGUCGCUGAGAGAGAAGACAGUGACGGAUGUGUCCACGAUCGACGGGAACGCAGCUGAGCUGGUGUCGGGCAGGCCCUUGUCAGACACCACAGAACCCUCAUCCCCAGAAGGCAAGGAAGAGAGCCUGGCCACAGACCCCGCCCCAGGUACCCAAAAGAAAAAGCGCUGUCAAUGCUGUGUUGUCAUGUGACCACUUCUUUCUCCUCCCCUUUCUUCCGGGCAGCCUCUCUUAAAUAGACUUCUCCACCUCUUAAAUAGACUUCACUGUACCACUAACUGCGAUACUGUGAACCGGAAGCAAACACCUGCCUUGCCUCGCAGUUGGAUUUGCUUUGAUCUCUCGCUCACAUCUUUCCUUCUCCUCACUUGGGAAACAACGUGCAUGUGUGUGCUUCAUUUUUUCCCCCAAGAACUUACUUUUUCCUCUAAACCUUUCUUUGUGUCUUCAAGAGUUGAAUCAGUGCGGUACUACUUGAUUGGAGUGGACUCUUCAUAGCAGCUGGUUAUCUUGUAGCCUUAAUUGACUUGAUUGGACUCCAACCCAUGGGCACCGGGGGUUUUCAUUUCGGCGUGUGUUCCUCUAACCUAGACACACACACACACACACACACACACACACACACACACACACACACUGCCAUGCCCCUGGCUUCUCACCUGCCUCCUUUGCUGUGUGGAUCUGUUUUUAUAUCUUGUGUAGCGAAAUGCUAUGGGCUGUUAGCCAGUUGCUAGCGUAGCCAAAAGUGGACCUACCUUAAUCUGGCCAUUCUAGGAUGACGCUUUUCCUUUGCUGCCUUACCUAAGCUUUCAGAUUACAGUAUUGUGCUUUCCUUCUGUUAAAAACACAAUGAAGUUGAUGAGAGCAAAGAACCCAGCGUCUGUCCCAGAAGAAGUGUAGGGACUGACUCACCACCUGGUGGUCGGCAGCUCUCUCUUUCUAUGGCUUACGCAAUGAACCCUUCAUACAGGACUUUCUAAGGACCUCAGGCCACCAUUGCUCUCUGCACCCCGUGCUCACCAGUCCAUAAGCCUUGUUUCCAUGCUCCCCCAAAGUGUAAAGUUUCAUAUUGUUUUCUUUUCCAUGUAUAUUUUCUGAUAGAACUCAUCUAUUUUCAAAGAGGGGAUCAUUUUGAGAAGUCUCUCUGCAGUGACCAUAUUCCAUAAAACAGUCUUUCUGACAUAGGGGGGCUGUCAUAAUACCCCCACUGUAUCAAGGAUGGUGCUGUAUGCAUUAACUGUCCAUCUCCUGUGCCCAGUUGAUUAGUCCUACAUCUGUGCUUUUUUUUUAAUUUAAUAUCCUCAUGGGUAAGAGAAUGUUUCACAUAACAUCAAUACAUAAGUCUCUUUACUCAAAACAAAACAAAACAAAACUUUUCAAUGAAAAUUGUGAAAAAUGUUGAAAGAUGAAGAUUUUGAAUUCUACCACAUAGUCUAAGUGGCUCGUUCCUGGGCUUCUUAAAGCACCGUUUCUUCGUGUCUAGGAAUUGUAGAAUAUUGAGGAUUUUCUUUUUUAACUUAAAACUUGAUAAACAGCCCUUGAAAUCCAUAGUUUGCUCUGCCCUAAACUGGAUAGCCAUGUGUUUUCUGAAAGCAAAAGGGAGGGAUUUAGAAAAACAAACAAACAAACAAACAAACAAACAAAAAACAAAAACCUAAUACAGGAGAAAGGGAAGUGGGGCUGGUGCUAACUGAUUUUAAUGAGAUAGCUUCAUUUACCCAGACACCAUAGUUUCAUACAAAUCAGUAACAGAAUCAUGUUUGUUCCCAUGGAGGAACCACAUGCUGUGAUCCGCCAUGUCACGUCUUCACAUAUCUUGGAAGUAGCUCAGAAAAAAAAAAUAGUAAUAAUAAGGAAUCAGGAGGAUCGCAGCACAGAACCAACUAAAUCUGUCCCGUUUAACUUGUUUGAGGAUCAAUCUGAUACUUUGUUCAUUUCUUGGCUUGAAGUUAUAUUUAUUAUACUUAGAGGAAAAUGACAUUUUUAUUUCUGUUCUUCUUUUCUCCGGUAGUUUCCUUUUCACUGAGCACAACGUGAGUCAUUUUUAAUCUUUAAUAAGUAAACAAGAAAAAUUAAAGAAAAGAAUAGCAAGGGAGUGAACAAAGUUUCCCAGAUUGUUCCCUCCACGGUUUCCCCGUGAGGUAACUGGGAAUUAUUGCUAGGUCUGGGCUUCACAAAAGUAUCUGCGGUAGAUCGCAGAGGCUCUGUUAUCUGGGAACUAGGCUCCAGUGCCAACAGCCCUCACUGCCCUAAACUUCAUUUUCCCCCAGUGGUUAAAUAGCACACAAGCCUUGAACAAAAGGCCAUGUGGAUAAACCCAUUUCCACAGACAGAGAAACUGGUUCUCAUGGUUUUAGACAAUCUAUCAUCUUAAGAAGCCAUUUGGGAAAUAUACAAUCUAAAAGUUUACUUAGCCUGUCUCUUCUACUCUCUUGGGGAUUUGGACUGCUCAGUGUGAGGUUUCCAAAGCACAGUGAGGGAGUGGAUCGCAGAGCUCAGAGCCCCUGGGCAAAGAAUAACUGCCCCCCUCCCCCAAUCUAUUGGUCAUUAUUAUGAGCAAGUAACUAGCAAACUCUGAGUGCUUUUGUUAUUAAAGAAUAUCAUUUAAUUGAAGUUAAGACGUAUUGCCCUUAUGAAAAUUAUUUGUGGAUACAGUACAUGAAAGUAUGUUUGAAUAUGGCCAAUGUUCGCAUACUAUACUAUCCCAGUCUCUGUGGGAGACCCAAGUUCAGCCAAUCCUUAUUAUGGAAUGAGCUAGAUCAGCCCACCUAGCACAUCAAGUCAUGGCCUUGGUGAUGGAGA